UAAAACGUGACGCUAAGUUGUUGAAUGACUUGUUAGGUGAGCUUACUCUGAACUUGGCCUCUUCAAGGUCCAUUUCCGACAGGUAGGCUUAGCAACGAAUUCAUAUUGAGGUAGAGGCUGCAGAUCAACGCGGGAGAAAGCUACUUACCUGUAGUUGUGUCAGAAAGUAGAACUAGAACCUGGCCAUUAUCAGUAUAGCAAUUUUGUGAGUGAGCGUCUGUCACAUUUCUUGAGGUAGAUGAUUAAUUACUAUUUAUAAUUAGAACGAAACCAUCUAAACAUUGGUUGAUAGUCCGUGAGUUUAAUAACCGAAAAUGAUGACUGCUGCUUCUACUUGAUUUUAAAGCUUUAGCUACUUCACAAUACGGGUACUUUUUUGUUAUAGUGCUUUGUUAAGUUUCGGGUGUGUUAAAAACGCUUUUUUUGUGUAACCCAACUAAAUUGUUCAAAACUUUACAAUUAUAUUAUUAAAAACUACGAUUUGUCUCUAGGACAUUUCGUGUGUACAGUGCCGGUUUUUGAACAGUGUAUCUCAUGCUUAAUGCUCGACUGCGUAGAACUGCGCGACCGGAUGAUUCAUCAGAAGUGCUACAGUGACAGUAAUGGCAACACUUGGACUGUCGAAAGUUUUCAUUUUGGACAAAUAUUUUACAGAACUGCAGAAAUUCUGGGAGACAGAACGUAAGUUGCAAGAAUCUUCUUCAUCAAACGAAGCGGUUCAUCUUCAGCAGCGACUGCGCAGUCUCAGUUCGGAGUUGGUAACGUUGCGGAAUCGGUUGCACGUGACAGGUGGCUCCCCUAGCGUUCCAGUCAAUGGACAUACUCUUCCUGCCUACCCGCAGAACGCGGAACCAGAACUGUGUAAGCCGAAUAUAGGGAUGAUACGGCCCAGUGCAUGUCCAGAUGUCCAUGACUUAAUUCAUCUCCCAGGACCACUGACUGAAGACGCUGUAUUACGAACUCUCCACACCAGGUUCUUCAACAGAGAAUAUUUUACAAACGUUGGCCCAAUCCUUCUUACUGUUAAUCCCUGCCAAGACGUCGGUAACCCUCUCACCCUCAGCAGUGCUCAUGCUUCCUCAAAGUGCCCUCAGUUGCUUCGUGUGGUCCAUGAAGCUGUCCGUCAGCAGUCAGAGACGGGAUACCCCCAGGCCAUUAUUCUUGGCGGAGAAAGCGGAAGCGGAAAAACGUAUUACUCCAUGUUACUAUUACGUCAGUUGUUUGACGUAGCAGGUGGAGGGCCAGAAACUGACGCUUACAAACACAUGGCAGCCGCUUUCACUGUGCUUCGGUCUCUGGGCAGUGCCAAAACAUCGUCCAACUCAGAAUCUAGUCGUAUUGGUCAUUUCAUUGAAGUUCAGGUGACAGAUGGCGCCCUCUAUCGGACUAAAAUUCACUGUUAUUUUCUUGAUCAGACGAGAGUUGUUCGUCAGCUUUCUAACCAAAAGAACUACCAUAUAUUCUACCAGAUGUUAGCAGGCCUAACACAGGAGGAAAGAGCUAAACUAAAUCUAGAAGGAUAUUCCAUACGCAGUCUUCAGUACUUAAACCAUGGAGAUGUUAACCAGAAUGAGUCGGAAGAUACAGCAAGGUUUGAAGCAUGGAAGACAUGUCUUUCAGUUCUUGGGAUCCCAUUCAUGGAUGUCAUUAGGGUGUUAGCUUCAGUUCUACUGCUAGGAAAUGUCCAGUUUCUUGAUGGGCCAGGGCUAGAAGUGAACAUGAAAAGUGGAGCAGAAAUUAAGUCAGUUUCAUCUUUAUUGGGGAUAUCCAGUGUUGCUUUGUUUCGUGGUCUUACUUCUCGCACGCACAAUGUUCGUGGACAGAUUGUUAAGUCUGUUUCUGAUGCUUGUAUGGCCACUGCAACAAGGGAUGCCUUAGCCAAAGCACUUUACUGCCGGACAGUAGCAACAAUUGUCAGACGAGCCAAUAGUUUAAAAAGGCUUGGAUCUACCUCAGGAACUCUAAGUUCUGAUAGCAAUGAAUCAGUUCAUAAUCAUGCAGCAGAGACUGGUAGCCAGCAUGCUUCGACCAUAGGCUCAGGUGGAAUUAAGUCUUCCAAAUCUAUGACAGUUCUUAACUCUGCCGUUCGCCAUGCUACUGAUGGCUUUAUCGGUAUUCUUGAUAUGUUUGGCUUUGAAGAUGGGAAGCCAAGUCAACUUGAACAUCUGUGCAUCAACUUGUGUGCUGAAACAAUGCAACAUUUUUAUAAUACUCAUGUGUUUAAGAGUAGCAUUGAGUCCUGCAGAGAAGAAGGAGUUCUCUGUGAUGUAAAAGUAGACUAUGUGGAUAAUGUACCCUGCAUAGAUUUAAUUUCAUCUCUUAGAACUGGAUUACUGAGUAUGCUGGAUGUUGAAUGUUCAGUCCGUGGUACCCCUGAAUCAUACAUCCAGAAAGUAAAAAACCAGCAUAAAGCCAGUUCUAGGUUUUUUGAGCCCCAACUCUCAGACUGUCGGAUUUUUGGAGUUCAGCAUUUUGCAGGAAAUGUUUUUUAUGACACAUCUAAUUUCCUUGAGACAAAUAGGGAUGUUGUUCCUGAUGAUGUUGUUUCUGUUUUCCACAAGACUUCAUGUAGUUUUGGUUUUGCUAUUCAUUUGUUUGGAAGUGAAUUAAAAGCUCUUUACUCAGAAGAGACAGUUCCUCGGGGUGUGUCCUUCAGAAUUUCACCCACUUCUCAUACAGACUUGCAAAAUGGAAAUGAGCCAGUUUCAACACUUACCCAAGAUUUUCACACACGCCUCGACAACCUAUUGAGGACUCUAGUCCAUGCCAAGCCUCACUUCAUUCGUUGUAUCAAGUCAAACAACUGCGAACAACAGUCCCACUUUGACAGAGCUUUAGUUGUCAGACAGAUUAGAGCCCUUCAAGUCCUUGAAACUGUCAAUUUAAUGGCAGGAGGCUAUCCACAUCGUAUGAGGUUCAAGGCUUUUGCUGCUCGAUACAGAGUUCUAGCCCCUUUCCGAAAACUGAAACGAAAUGAAGAUAAAGCCAUUGAAGAUUGUAAGAUUAUAUUGGAUUGUUUUCUACGAGUAGUGGAAGCUCAAGAAUUAACAAGUGCUUCAACGUCUUGGUCAUUAGGCAAGAGACAUAUCUUUCUAAGUGAAGGGGCACGACAACAACUAGAGAAGGUACGAGUAGAGCGGCGACAUAAUGCAGCAGUGCUCAUACAGUCAGCAUGGAGAGGCUGGCAGUUUCGUCGGCGUUGGUCCACUCUUAAACGUAACCUGCAGUUACAGGCUCGUACACGGGGCACCAAAAAUGUUCAUCAUCCCCCUCCACCCAUUACCACCAAUGCUUCAAGGCCACGCCCUCAACCAAUUGCUGGGACUCCUCCUCCUGACUUGGAGAAAGAUCAGAAAAAAAUUCAGCAAACAUGUUCACUGUUUGGACUAGAUCUGGAGCGACCUCCACCAGUACCUCCCAGUCGAUCAUAUACAGUGACCGGCAACACUAAAAUGGGGUAUCCACAAACAAGAGUAAUAAAAAUGAAUUUCCCAGAAGAUGGUAGUGGAGAGGUUCAGUUGCUGAAAGGAGAAACUGUAGUGGUUGUGGGAGCUUCCCAGCAACGAGGACAUCUACUGGUGGAACACAAAAGUCAUACAAUUCAUGUCCCCUAUCAAUAUUUGGAGCUGAAGACCAGUGGUCAGCCAGCACUUGGCAUGUGAAAUGAGCUCUUUAUUGGCAAAGCCAUUACAAAUCAUGUUGUAAAUCAAGAAACAGAGGGUCUUAUCAAGUAAUUAUUUUGUAUUGUACUUGGAGUGACUGUAAUUGUUUGUUAGAAGUAUUAUGUUUAAAGAUGGACUGACUAAUAAUUUAGUUUUAGUAUGUUCUAGCAGGAAAAGAAUUAGUUAUACUGAGUGGUUUAUACCUGUGUUUCAGUAUGUUUUAGAAAAAAAAAGGAUUGGGUCUAGUUACUGAUGCUAAAGUAAUAUUUGAUAAGUUGCUCUUUGUUUUGUUGUAUAGGUAAUCAUUUGUUUUCAUGAGCUUGUUGCUAAUGUUAAAGCAAUGUUUUGAUGCAUUUCCUAUUUGUUUUGUUGUCAGUAUAACAUUUAAUUUAAUAAACAAACAUCUGGUGUUAUAGCAAUAUUUGAGCACUUGGUGUUUGUCAUUUGUUUGAUUUAAUGACCUAAUUGUUUAAUUAAGUAAUACUUAAUAGAACUGGACUGAUACUUGGAAUCAGUAUACAAUUUUGACAAACAAAAGGAAAUGAUAUAAUAUAAUGUUCUGAGUGAUUAAUACUUUGUUUUAUUUGAGUGAGGGUCCAAUAAUCUAAAUUGUGUUUUAUACACAAGGUAACAUUUAGACUUCAUUGGGUUUUUAUCAUCCAGUUAUAAUUUGAUCAAGCAACCUCAUUCUUCACUUCCAAGUAAUGAGUUUACAAUGUGAUGAAGUUGUUUGCUAGGAAUGUAAUAUUUUUACAGAUUAGAUUCUUGUUAGUGGAUGGUUACCUUUUUGGUAUAUUUCAAGGUGAAGUUUAAUGAUAUGAUUUCAAUACUAUUUUCAGAUGUUUUACCUUCUCCACUGUACCAUGAAUGUACAGUUCAAGCUCUGACAAAAUAAAUUAUGAAUCUCUUGUGAUUUCCUAAGGAAUAUUUUAAAUAUACAGGGUGG